GCAAGUUAUAUCGUUCAGUCCGACAGGGAAGUGGCCUAACUUCUCAGAGCAGGUGUUUUCGGAGGAGCUCACUGGAGGCGUGAGGAGGGGAAGUUUCACAUAGCGUAUUUUCCUCUUUAUAGCCCCUUGCGUACUAAACAUUUAGAUGUUUGCAAAAAUGGUUUCAAAAUUGACAUCUUUGCAACAGGAGCUUCUGAGCGCCUUGUUGGACUCUGGCGUUACUAAAGAUGUGCUUCUGCAAGCGUUGGAGGACCUGGACCCGAGCCCGAGCGCUUUUGGAGUUAAACUGGACAGUCUGCAGAUGUCCCCCUCCGGGUCCAAGCUCAGUGAUACGGACUCAAAGCCGGUGUUUCACACGUUGACCAACGGACACGGUAAAGGGAAGUUAUCAGGGGACGAGGGCUCAGAGGACGGGGAUGAUUUCGAUACACCGCCGAUCCUGAAAGAGCUGCAGUCUCAGAACACAGAGGAGGCAGCGGAGCAGAGGGCAGAGAUCGAGCGAAUUUUGGCAGAGGACCCGUGGCGCGCGGCCCGCAUGAUCAAAGGCUACAUGCAGCAGCACAAUAUCCCUCAGCGCGAGGUGGUGGAUGUGACAGGCCUCAAUCAGUCGCACUUGUCGCAGCACCUGAAUAAAGGCACGCCUAUGAAAACGCAGAAACGCGCGGCGCUCUACACCUGGUACGUCAGGAAACAGCGGGAAAUCUUGCGACAAUUCAACCAGGCCUCGCAAGGCUCUGGCAGCAACAUGUCAGACAAAGCCAACCAGGAUCAGGUGCUACUUUUUUUCUCUGAGUUCAGUCAGUCCGGGCAGGUUAUGGUGCAGUCAGGGGAUGAUGCUGGCAUUGAACCUGCUUGCAAGAAGAUGAGACGCAACCGCUUCAAAUGGGGGCCUGCAUCCCAACAAAUCCUUUAUCAGGCUUACGAACGACAGAAGAACCCCAGCAAAGAAGAGAGGGAGGCACUGGUGGAGGAGUGCAACCGAGCUGAAUGCCUCCAGAGAGGAGUAUCGCCAUCCAAAGCUCAUGGGCUUGGCUCCAACUUGGUCACAGAGGUGCGAGUCUACAACUGGUUUGCCAACAGGAGGAAGGAAGAGGCCUUUAGGCAAAAAUUGGCUAUGGAUGCCUAUAGCGGGCCAACGCACAAUCUGAACUCCCUUCUUACACACAGCUCCCCGCAUCAUCCACAAACCAGCAGCUCCCCACCAAGUAAGAUGCAAGGUGUCCGGUACAGCCAACAAGGUCCUGGUGAAGUCAGUUCCUCCACAACGAUCAAUCACCAUAGUAGCAAUACCAUGGCAACCAGCCAAUCAGUGUUACAGCAGGUCUCUCCGGGGGCUUUGGACCCCAGCCACAGCCUCCUGUCACCUGACGCCAAGAUGAUCUCAGUAUCAGGCGGGGGUCUUCCUCCAGUCAGCACCCUGACCAACAUCCAUGCAUCCCACCAUGUGCACCAACAGACCCACAACCUCAUAAUGCCCCUUUCUGGAGUCAUGGCCAUUGCACAAAGUGAGUGUCCAACCACCCUGUUCCAUUUCAGAUUCUUCAUGCAUUCUCCAUUUGACACCUCAUUGUUCUCGCAUCCAGGUUUAAACACAUCACAGGCACAGACGGUACCUGUCAUCAACAGCGUUGCAGGCAGUCUAGCAGCAUUGCAACCGGUGCAGUUCUCGCAGCAGUUCAAUGGCCCUCACCAGCAGCUCAUGCAACAGUCACCCAGCCACAUGAGCCAGCAGCCCUUCAUGGCCUCUGUCUCACACUCACACAUGUACCCACACAAGCAGGAGCUGCCCCAGUAUUCUCACUCGUCUCGGUUUCCCCCUACCAUGGUGGUGACAGAUGCCAACAGCCUCAGUACGCUGAGCUCAAUGUCCUCCAGCAAACAGUGUCCACUGCAGGCCUGGUGAGCACGUACACCUGACUUCCUCGAUGCCUAGCAACAGGAGCACAUCGUCCCCACCUCCAUUCCCCCUCAUCAUGCCUGUAUCCAUGGCAACGCAUAUUAAGUGCGAGCGGCACGCUGGAUGAUGAGUUAGUCAAUAAACCAGGGGAUACAGGACUGACGAGAGUGGACACUGUUAGGCUGUUCGAUCAACAAGGGUACACACUUUAGUGACAGUAUUUUACUUCUCAGUGAUGGACAAACCAUAUUGAGGAACAUGGGUGAUCAUGAAGAACAAACAAAAAGGAAACAAGACAAAGCUACAGAUAAAAAGAUUAGAAAGGAAUGGAGAGACCUGAUUUCCUGGACUAAGAGGACAGUGUGUGUCCAUAUGUGCCUGGUGAAGACAUUAUAAUCGAACUGUGUGGACACAAUGACAAUCAGCCAAUGUUAGAAGCAUCUGAUGGAGUUUAUGUAAUGUGUAACUGAUGCAAAGACGUCUUCCGUGAGAUCUGAAUGCUUAGACAAUGUUCUGUACAGUUGAAUGUAAAAACAAGCAAUUAUUAUAUCAUUAGUAUGAAGGAUGUAAAUAUUCGAUAGUCCAUGUGUGCUGUUUUCUCUGUCUAAACAUGUAAACUGUGAUUCAGGAUGUGACAAUCUAUGGAACAGGUAUGACGUAUUGGAAUAUGCAAUGUGUCGCAACUUUUUUUGACGACUUUGUUGUGAGAUAAAUGUUAAAGCACAUUCAACAAAACCUAAACCUAUUGAUCUCCCUUAAAAUAGACGCUAAUGUCAGUGUUGACUAUUAGCAUUAGUGUCGUCAGAUAGAUAAGAGUCAUCUUUCUGUGCCAGGACGUCCAGAGUAUGACAGACUCCCAUCCAAGAAAUACUGGAUUAAGAUAUGGUAGAUCAGAGAGACAGAUAACUCCAUCCGCAUAGCCAGUCACCAUCUUUGCGAUAUCGACGGGAACGGCCAUGAAUCAUGACUUACUAAACUAAAUAUUGACUUAAAAUCAAACUGUCAUUGUCAUGGUGGAGAGAUACGGUCAAAAUGGACGACAGAAUGGUUAUCAGGAGUUUCAUAAAAGUUGGGAAACUGAGUCCAUUCGCCAUUUUAAACAGUAUUACCUGCUCACGCCACUCUGAACUACCAGGAAACAUUGCGAAGUAGCUUUUAUUGUGGCUCUUGGCUUUGUUUUUUUUACACAUUUGCUGGCAUAUAUGUCCGCAGUUUCAAAACUGACAUUAUCAUUUUGGUAAACUGAAGAAACUAGUGCACACGUCCCCAUAUAAAAGUUUGAAAACUUAUCAAAAGGUCAUUUCAAUGUUUGUUUUUAAUGUUGUUGACUAUGUUCCCACUGCCGGUUGACCUUAGUGCUGGUUUAUUCUCCUGUUUAAUGCUGGAUUUAUACAAAAUGUGAUUCUUUCCACAUUGUAUUAUUUUUGUAUAAAAUGAAAUCAAUCUUUUAAAAUCAUUAUUUAUGCUUUACGAAAAAAGUUUCAAGUAAAGUUUUUCUUCCCUCAA